AUGAGAAGCUGGAUUCGGACACUUGGUUUGUCUGCCUUGUUGGCAGGGACAGCUGUCGCAAAUGAAGCAGAAUUGGGGCCGGAUCUCUCUCAUCGGUUGCAAUGUUCGGGCAUGUAUAGCCGCAAGGCGUGGGGAGGAAGUGUCGACCCCUUCAUCUUGACUAAGUUCGCGAAGUCUUCUCCCUCCGACGAUAGAGACCCUCUUGUCAGUCUGGCGAUAUUCGAAUGGGCCGAUGGACAUUUGAUUGGAAGACGUGCAUCCGACGAUCCCGAGGAACCCCCAUCGCUCAUUUGCGACGAAGCUAGCGUGCAAGCCGAGUUAUCUACUGGGCGUUCUUAUAUGUUCAAAACCGUCACGACAUCUGUAUGUUUCUUCGCACGGUUCCUCUUCGGCUGCUUACGAUCUCCAGUACCCGUGCAAAACUAUAUCACCGCUAUACUAGUCUUUUUGAUCCUGGAGCAGUUGAUGACCUGGGGUUUCUAUGUCUGCAUGGGUUACGGUGUGGUCAAGCCAUCCUUGGGUCGAACUAUGGUAUAUGUUCGGAUCCUUGCCAUCACUCAUUUCGUUUUCGCCGUGAUUUAUGCCAUUGCGAGCUUGUCUAUUACACCGGAAGCGGCAGGCAUUUUGAUACUGUUCAUUGAGCUUCCUCUCGCGGCUACAUUGACUGCAUUUUAUGUGUGGACUCUGAGCUCAUUGAAUGCGACAAUGAAAGACCUUAUUGACCGAAAGCAAAAGACGAAGGCCAUGAUGUACAAGAAGCUAUGGUACUGUCUAUUGGGUAGCAUUAUAGUGCUCUUUGGCUUCAUUUUCAUUAAUGCGCUUGCCUUCGCAAGCCGCAGUGAAGAGGACUUCCUGCCUGAGCAUUGGAAGAACCGAUGGUUUGUGUUGGAUGGAUGGCUGAGCAUUGUUUAUCUUGCCGAUUUGGCAUUCAUCGCCUAUCUGUGGCGACCCACUGCCAAUAAUCGGCGAUUCGCAAUGAGUGAUGAGCUUGCUCAAGACGAUGACGGGUUUGAGAUUCGUUCUUUCAAUGGAGCUUUGGACGAAGAAGACGCCCUCGGUGGACUUGAUGAACACUCCGCUUCUGAGCCGCGUCGUGACUUGUCGCCAGUUCCGCCUAAACCAGUUCCCUCUGCCGCUCGGACUCGGGAGUCACUGGAUGGUGAGACGAUCUUCGCCGUCGGUGAAGAUGGCGACAAAUGGUCUGAUGAUGAGGAUGAGUCGCCGCGUAACUCAACUGAGAGGAAAGCACUCACGAAGGAUGUGGACUAA